AAAGGUGGACUCCUCAUUCUAAGCAUUAGUCUUUCAAACUCUCUGUUUUUAUUGUUUAUGGUUAACCUGAAAAUCAACUAAAUUUAAAUUCUGCCUAUGCACAUUUGCUGAAUUAAAAUGGCUAAAGGUAACAAAAAACGUAAGAAUAAUCGCCAUAAGAAAAACAAACCUAACCACAAGGCAAUCAAGCCGAACAGUGUAAAGAAUGUAGAUGAAAAUACAGAAGAUGACAAAGUUGAAGACACACCAGACGUGCAGAGUGAGGACUUGUCUAGAAAGAGGCAACUUAGUGACGAUGACUCCGACACAGAAACUGCCCCUAAGAGAAAGAAGAAGAAGAAGCAGCCUGUAGCCACUGAAUCAACGGACAAGAAGGGUAAAAAAUCUAUUAGGCAGAUGAAGCGGGAAAAAUAUUUAGAGAGACAGGCAGAAGCCGAAUCAGCUAACAAGGAACAGCUCAAGACACAGUGCCUCAGCUACAUCUCACAGUGGAAGCACGAUAAGGCCAACUGGAAGUUCAUGAAAGCCAAACAAGUGUGGCUCACCAAGAACAAGUUCUCAUCAAUCAUACCAGAUGAAUCCUGGCCACUACUUUUAGAGUAUUUAGAGUCAACUCAAGGAAAUGGCCGGAAUAUCCUCCUAGAAGAUGCUAAUAAGGUCAUUAAGCAGAUGGAUGAAUGGACAGAGAAGAACGGAGCCAACACUGAUGGCGCAGAAGAUGAUGAUGAGUCUACCAAACCAGAUGAAACCACUUACAAAAGAGCUAGAGAUUUAAUUCAAUGUUUACAGGAAUAAAUAAUUUCAUAAGCCAA